AUGCUUUUCCUCACACUGAUUGAAUGUGCUCCUGUGUAUGGGUAUCAAGGUCUGAACAGUUUUCUGGGCUCACUGACAUCGUCUGCUAAGAGAGAGGUACUGAUGAAUUUGUCACCGGAACUAUCUAGAGCUGCUAAAGAAGCAGUGAAGGCAGUAUAUUCAGCAGUGGCUUUAUCAGAUAAGGGCCCUGAAAAUAUGACAGCAACUUUAGUUGAUCUUUACCAGGAUAUCACACAGUACCUGCAGGCAUCUGAUGUAAAGAAGAGCUGCUUGGCUUACUCCCUCUUACAGUCUGUGGCUUCAGCGAGUCCAUCUUCUCUGUGCACUGUUGCUUCAUUGUGUUUAUCAACAUUGAUCAACCAGUGUGCUAAGGAAGCACAUCUGUCAGACCAACAGGCUUAUUUGAAAGAACUGAAAGGAUUCUUAGAAGUUUUUCAGCAUUACCAGACUAAUGAAAAUGUCACUGAAGUUUUUAAGCAGCAUCUACCCUCACUGUUCUUGCUGUACGAAGAUCUUCUUAAGAAGGAGAAUAAUGAAGUGCAGCUUGAAGCUAUUAGUGCCCUUACUGUCCUUAUUAACUCAAGGCUUGAUUCAGUACGGGACAAAUGUGAUACCUUUCUUGAUUACCUGGUGAAGCAGUCUGUGAUGGAUCAUGAUAACAUUCUAAGAAAGCAGUUGUUGACAUCACUGCAUGUACUUGUGACUGAAAAUUCAGGUUUGCGUGACAGGGCAAUUGAUUCUCUGACCCAGCUGGUGAAAUCAACCAGUUCACCGCUAGCUGCCGUUGCUCUUGUGCAUGUGGUGACUGAUGAUAAAUCAUUCCUCACAGUCAAUGCAUUUUUGCUUGCUAUGAUUGCCCAAGAUAUAACAUCAGACAAUGUGACACAUGUAGUCAGCUAUACCGAAGCCUUAUCCCAACUAUUGACCCGCCUGGCUGGAGACAAGGCUUGCAUGAACCUUGUGGUCAACGAGACCGCCCUGCCCUUGCUGAGAAUUGUCCGUAUCUGGUGUGCUGCAUGCAGCAGAGGAUGCAAGAGAUAA